AUGGGUGAUUUCAAACAAAUGCUAAAACGCGGUCUACGCAGGUGGGACAGUUCGGAUCCCGAGCGUGCGCCUCCGCCGCUACCAAUGAAUCCUCGUUCCAUGAGCCCAAUGAGCCCCGCGACGAGGUCCAAUGUUUCUCCCAAUAUUCAGGCAGUGGCUGCAAAAUUUACAGAGAGACCCAGCGAACAUGCACCGAGCUCUUACACAACAAAUCCCAUGCCACUCAAGUCUUCCUCUCCAGAGAGGUCGUUGGUCAAAGGCCAGCACCACAAGCGCAUGCAGUCACUACAGCCUGAAGAUACCCGACAAGAUGCGCGCAGCGACUUCAUGAAUUACCUUGAGAGCAGAUCCCCAGAGCGUCCUCUUCGUGCAACCAUUAUUGAGGCGGCCAAGCCGCGCGAUCCUACGAAGUCGAUCAGUUCGCCAGCGCUCCGUCAAGACGCGGAUCGGGAGAUGAAUUACUCCGUAUCGAGUCGUUACUUAUCCAAGCCAAUACUGGGAGAAAGUACUCCGCCGUCGGCUACAAUGUUAGCCCUGCAAAACAUGCAGCUACCUUUGGAGCCUGACCCUCCAUCACCUUCUAAACCGCCAAAAUUGAUCGCGGCGCCGUUUGAGCCGCAACCCCAUCACACGAAAAAUACAAGCAUGGAUUCGCUAUCAAAUCAAAUCCACAGCCUCACGGACAUUGCAAGCAGCUUGCAGCGUGAGAUGAUGAAUUUGAGCCGACGCAGCAAAGACAAUGCCACCGACCUGGUUAGCCUCAAGGCGGCAACCAACGCACGGGACGAAGACAUUCGCAAGAGUCUUAAGGAGCUGUCUUCUCAUCUUAAAACCAAAUACCUGGACGCUGAUGCUACAAGGUUUGAUUUCAGUAAUCUUUUCAAGGGUGGUGAUGGGCCUAACCCCAAGGAUCCGGAUAGUCCCGUUUCGAAGAGGAGCUACUCCGUGCCUCGCAUGCCCAGCCCCAAUCCAUUCGCGUUUGAUAGGGACUCUUGUGUCCCACCUGCCCCGAUUUCCGACGGCUCCGCAGCCCUCGCUUUGCUCGAAAAGGUAUUGCGCGAGAUGGCAACCAAGGAAGGUGAGGAAAAGCUCUUGGAGCUUGUUGAAGAAAUUAGAUCUCGACCCGCACCUACCGGUUCGGACAAAGAUGCAGAUAACAAAGUCACUGUCAUGCUCGAGGAGAUCCUCAACCUCGUCAAAGAGGACCCAUCGAGCAAAGCCCUCGUGCGGUCUUUCAGCAUGGCCGACAAUCUUGAUAAUAUGCAAUCUGGUGAUUCCUCUCCCGAGCGGACACGAUCUGGGUCAAUGAGAUCCGUGGAUCCUGAAACUGUACGUGCACUAGACCUUUCCAACUCUGACAAGGGAGAUGCCUCUUCACCCAAUGCAGAUGAAGUUUUGGAAAUUCUUAGGAGUGUCAAGAAUAGCGUCGUCGAGGGGGGUGGAAUGACCAACGGUGUGAAGUCCCUGGUACGCGAACUACGAGGUGAGGUCCUGGGCAUGGGUCGAGAACUCGGCCGGCGAUUAGACGAGAUCGAGAGUUCACGUGCCAACGACGAGCCUGAGGAGCAGCCCAGAGCUGCCGGCCCAGAAGAAAUAUCUGCCAUCGUCAACCGCAGCCUGGACGACCUCAAAGAGCAGCUGGCUGCUACUAUCAACGAGAGCCGGCAGCAAUCAUCGGACUUGUCCGAGUUUCGAUCAACCAUGAAUAGUGCCGCAAUAUACUCCGUUGUGAAAAAAGCCCUCGAUGAGCUUGAACUUCCCCAACCUCAACCCGAGUCGCGAGGUGCCGAAAUGGACAGAGAAGACAUUCUCGAGACUGUCCGUGAAGCUUGGGAGACCUACAAGCCUGAAAUCGAGUUCAACAACUUUGGCUUGGAGCGAGACGAAAUCCUCACAUGUCUUGAAGAAGGGCUCAAGUCUUACCAGCCCCAGCACGAACAGGCAGUCACGUACGACCAGGUUCUCGCAGCUGUCGAGGACGGUAUGCAGAAGUUUAUUCCUCCACAAAUCGAGCAACCGCCAAGCAUAUCUCGGGACGAGGUCAUCUUGACCAUCCGCGAAUGCUUGGAGAAGCAGCCCGAUCCUGUCUCCAGAUCCCUUGAUGAGGAACACGUCGGCCAUCUUCACUCAAUGCGUGAUGAGAUUCUCGAUGCAGUUUCAAAAGCUAUGACUAGUCAUAACGAAGGUUCAAGGUCUCUGGAUGAGGAAGACAUCAACCACCUCUAUUCAAUUCGCGAUGAAAUUCUCGAUGCGGUCACUGGGACGAUGGCAGCCAACAAUAUGCAGCCUAAGUCUUUGGACGAAGAUCACGUCAACCAUCUCUACUCUGUUCGUGAUGAGAUCAUUGACGCCGUCACUGGGGCAGUGACAAGCCAUGCCGCGGCUUCUAAAUCAGUGGACGAAGACCACGCCAGUCAUCUGACCUCCCUCCGCGACGAAAUCCUUCAAGCAGUUGCCGGAGCAAUGGAGAAGAACAGCACAGGAUCAAAGCAGUUGGACGAAGAUCAUGUCCAACAUAUGUACGCCAUUCGUGAUGAGAUUCUCGAAGCGAUUACUGGAACAAUCGCAAUCAGCAGCACAGAGCCUAAGUCUUUGGAUGAGGACCACCUCAAUCACCUCUAUUCUAUCCGGGAUGAGAUCAUUGAAGCUGUCAUCGGAGCAAUGGCAAACCACAGCACCUCCAGGUCUUUGGAUGAAGACAACGUCGGCCAACUCAAUUCUAUCCGGGACGAGAUCCUUGGCGCAUUGGCCGGCUCCAUGGCACAAAGCACACUGAGCAAGGAUUCAUACGACUCUGGCCUCGGUCGUGAUGAGAUUGUCAGUGCUGUCUCCGAUGGCCUCGAAGCCCAUUUCACUGCAGCCAAAGAGAUGGAUGAGCCACGAAUUUCCCGCCAUGAUGUUAUAAAUGCUGUCAAUGAAGCCUUCAAUGCUCAACAAUCAGCUCUUACUCUUGCCCACACGAACAUUUCUCGUGAUGAAAUUUUGAAUGCCAUUGCCGAGGGCAUUGAAAGUUCGAUGAAUGCGCAGCAAUCAGCCCUCAGUACCAACGUUCAGCAGACCGUCUCUCGUGAUGAAAUUUUCAGCGCCAUCGUGGACGCUAUCGAGCACUCGCGGUCUUCCCUCAGUAAUAACGAGCAACCUAGCGUUUCUCGAGACGAGAUCCUCGGUGCCAUUUUGGAGGGCAUGCAGGACUCAUCGAACCGCCAAGAACCUAAUAUCUCCAGAGACGAGAUCUUAAACGCCAUUGCUGACGGCAUUGAGAACUCAAAUAACUCCUCUUCGCGUGCUCUCACAUCGCUUGGGCAAGAGGGUCAGGAUCAGCAGUCGAGUCCCUCCCGCGAUGAAAUUUUCAAUGCAAUUGUCGAGGGCAUUGAGCACUCUCAUGCCUCGCUCGGCAUAAAUGGGCAGCCUAGUGCUUCCAGGGAGGAAAUCAUGAGUGCUAUCGCUGAGGGCAUUGAAGCCUCAACAAUCAGCCAACAGUCCGCACUAAGCACAAACGUCCAAGAGCCGUCCAUUUCACGUGAGGAGAUUUUGACUGCCAUUGCAGAAGGCAUCCAAAAUGGGAACUCGGUCACCCGGGAGAUUGAGCUGAAUCAGGACGACCUGAUGGAGGCAAUCACCUCCGGUCUCAACGAAGCCAUCACUACCGCUAAUACCAAUGUUGGUGGGGAGAUGACGGAACGCCUCCAGACUUUAUUCGAAGGGAUGAAAGAAGAAUUCAAGCAGUACUCGGCCGCCGGUGGAAGAGACACCGAGCAAGUCCUCGACGCGAUCAAGGAUGGCCUCGACAUCGUUCGCAAGGAGCUUGAAACCUACGUGGUUACCGCUGCUGAUCUUUCAGGCAAGGACGAGGUAAUUGACACGGUCAAAGAAGGUUUCCGACUUCUUCAAGCCGAUAUGGAGAAGACCAUUACGGAUACAUCUCUUUUGAAUGCACCGCGAGGUAUUCCCGAUACACCUGAGCUUCUCGAUGCCAUGGAAAAAGAAUUCGAACACCUACGGGGAACAAUCACCACUCUUCUUCUUCGCAAUAAUGCCACUGAAGACAAAGACGAGAUUCUGGAUGCUAUCCGAGAGGCUGCUGAUCGCCACAAUAAUGACGCCGGCGAUGAGGUUGUCAAUACGAUCAAGCAUGAAUUUGAGAGUCUUCGUGAGCGCAUGGAGAUGAGCGUGGUUCGUGCCGAGCCCGGUGCUGAGAAAGAUGAAAUCAUUUCGGCACUGCGCGAGCAUUUCGACAAAUUACGCGAAGAUGCAUCCCUCAAAGAUGGACAAGAAAACGAAGUGGCAAACACCAUUAAACAGGAAUUCGAGACUCUUCGUGAGCGUAUGGAGAUGAGCGUGGUUCGUGCCGAGCCCGGUGCUGAGAAAGACGAAAUCAUUUCGGCACUGCACGAGCAUUUCGACAAAUUACGCGAAGAAACGUCCCUCAAAGAUAGCCAAGAAAACGAAGUGGUAAACGCCAUUAAACAGGAGUUCGAGAGUCUUCGUGAGCGUAUGGAGAUGAGCGUGGUUCGUGCCGAGCCCGGUACUGAGAAAGACGAAAUCAUUUCGGCACUGCACGAGCAUUUCGACAAAUUACGCGAAGAAACGUCCCUCAAAGAUAGCCAAGAAAACGAAGUGGUAAACGCCAUUAAACAGGAGUUCGAGAGUCUUCGUGAGCGUAUGGAGAUGAGCGUGGUUCGUGCCGAGCCCGGUACUGAGAAAGACGAAAUCAUUUCGGCACUGCACGAGCAUUUCGACAAAUUACGCGAAGAUACAUCCUUCAAAGAUGGACAAGAAAACGAAGUGGUAAACACCAUUAAACAGGAGUUCGAGAGUCUUCGUGAGCGUAUGGAGAUGAGUGUGGUUCGUGCCGAGCCCGGUACUGAGAAAGACGAAAUCAUUUCGGCACUGCACGAGCAUUUUGACAUCCUGCGUGAAGAGACCUCGCGUCGAGACGGCAACGAAAGCACCUUAUCCGGGACAAGUGAGCUCCUCGAUGCAUUCACAGGUGGCAUUGAUUCGAUUCGCGACGACCUGAAGAAACUACUGGAGAAGCCAACUGAGUUCGACAGCUCCGAAAUUUUGGACACUAUCAGAGAUGGUCUUGCGGACCUGAAGCUUGAAAUGGAUUCUCUUCGUGUAUCUAACAAAGAACUGGAUGAUGCGAGUACCGCUCGCGGCGGUGAACUCAUCCUAGCAAACGAGCCCAGCAUCGGACCUGACAUUGAGGGUCUCAAAGUGCUCAUAACCCAGCUACAUGACAAGGUCGAGGCCAUUGAGAAUACCCCUCGUGCCGCAGAAGAUACCGAGGAUGCCCUCAAGCGCUCACACCUCGAUGAAGUUCUUCUUGCGCUUCACGAAAUUCAGCUCGCCAUGGGCGAGAUGAGUACUCAACAAAGUGCCGGAAAUGCUGACACCGCUCGGAAGCAAGACACUGAAAUUCUCGAGCAGUUACUCUUGAGUACUAAGACCCAGAUCGAUGAGCUUGUCUUCCCUUCCCCGGACCAGGUCGCCACUCCUGAGCAUAUUGCAGCUCUGGAGACCAUGAUCCGAGAGGCCAAGGACUCGAUUGCCGAGUUUUCUAGUCGUGUCGAAGCCGAGGCUCCCACAAAGUCUGAGAUCGGCACUUUGGAGGGUCUCAUCAAAGAUGUCUGGGUUAUCCUAGACGAGAUGAAGAGCAAAACCAACGAUGUCGAGGAAGAGGAAGAUCCAGAGAGAUUACUCAAAUCUGAUCUGCAAACGGUCGAAGCCAUGAUCUUCGAGGUCAAGACUCAAGUCGACGAACUUAAGCUUCCCGAUGUGGAUACCCUCCCCACCAAGACGGAUAUCCAGGAGCUAUCGACACUUGUCUGCGAUUUCCGAGAGCAGAUGGAGACCAAUAACGAAUUGACCGCCCAAGGUUUCGAUGCCCGGAAGGUUGAGCACGGCGGUCUCGCCGAGAAAAUUGACGAAGCCAAGUUUGUCGUCGGUGAACUUGGGGACGAACUCAAGAGCAAGCUUGACGGCAGCACCGAAGGUCUAACUGAGCUUAAGCAGCUCCUCGAAGCACUAGCAAUCACAGCAGAGAGCUUUACCACCGUCGAAAAUAUCAAGGAGCUGACCGACCUUAUCAACCGAGAGUUCGAACGUUCUCGGGGUGAGGAAGAUGCAGUCAAGGUCGAAAAAGAGGAGCGUGAUGCCGCUACAAUGGUCAAACACGAUGAGACGCGGGCCGCCAUCAUCCUUGAGCUUGGGACAAAGAUUGACGAAAAGAUUUCAGAAGUCUUAACCAAGUAUGAAGAUGCGCACACGUCCCUCCACUUGAAGUUCUCAGAAACUGAAGAGAGAGACCUGGCACACACUGAAUCUUUGACGAGUACGAGGAGUCUUGCUGAGGAUAUCAAGCUUGUCAUCGGUGCCAUGGGUGAUAGUGUUAAUGAGACCUGUGAGCGGUUAAGUGUGGACACGAAGGCUCUCAUGGAACAAGUCGAUCAGUCCCGUCAACAAAUGGAGAACAUUCACAAUGAUGUGAGAUCGCACCAGGAGCAAUCUCAAGCCGAGAACGAAAGGGCCGCGGCUGCCACUGAUCGAGUGGAGAGCAAACUUCUUGAAUUCCACCCUCGUAUUCUGGAAUCUGUGCAGGAGAUUUUGACAAUCGUCAGCCAGCACUACGAUCACUCACAGAAAUCAGCAGAGGACUUCAAGUCUGAACUGUCAGCAUUGCCCGCAAAUAUCCCAGCAAUGCUACCUGCGCCGCCUCCACCUGAACCAGUCCGUACACUCGCCAUAGAGGAUACCCCGCUACACAGCAAGAUCGACGAUCUUUUGGAACAUGCCAAGAACAACAAGGUCCACGAGGUUUUGAGCACUCUGCUUGAUCACUCAAAAAAUGACCAACUCCACGAGAAGCUUGAUCGUGCUCUAGAUCAAGGGUCAGGUUCGAAUGAUCAAAUAUACGAAAAGCUCAAUGAGCUUUUGGACCACGCCACUAACGGGAGUGGUCCUGUUCAUGAGAAACUGGACGCAUUGCUCAGCCGUCCUCUCAAUCCGCCGGAAUCCGAUCAUUCUCUUACCCAGAUGACAAAGCUGGAUGAGAUGCACAGGGAUAUCAUGGAAAACUCCCGCAGAAUGAAUGAGAUGUUCGCUGCCCAGUCAGUACUGGUCGCUGAAGACACGGAGCGAAAGCGACGCGAAGCCGAGGAGGCUGCGGUCGCCCUUGAACGAAGAGUCUCACAGCGUGAGCAAGUGGAAGGGGAGCUUAUUGGGUUGCAUGAAGAAAAGGAUUCCAUGCUGAACAUGAUUCAUCGCCUAAGAGCAGAGAAGGAAGACUUGAUCAAACAAAACAACAAGCUCAGCAAGGAUCUGUCCGGUCUUGAAACCGCCCUAGAGAUACGCCACGAAGAGAUGCGACAGAUGGAGGAUCGCGCGGAUGGCCUUGAGAAACGCAUUCUGGAGGGUGUGCUCGACCAUGCUCGUACCGUCCUCCUCGGGCGAUCCAAUAGCUCGCAUGCCAUGAACCUGAAGAGGAACCGCAGCACCCGGAGCACCCGUUCCUCGCGCACAGGCGCCCGCAGUCCUAGUGUGGCGAGCACUGCCAGCACUGCCAAAGAUCCCAAGGACAGUCGCAGUCUGCUUGGCAAUGGUGUCGGGAUGGCUUUGAAAAGAAUGCCGACCUCGCUUCAAGCUGGCACAGUCGCUGUGCAGCCCAACAUCGGAAAGGAACGUCGGAUUCUUAGCUUAAGUCACGUCACAGGCAACCGCGGUGUGGACCGACAGGUGAGCGCUAAAUCUGGCAUCACGAACUUGAAGCGCAGCCACUCUGUCAAAUCGAACACUCUUCGCAAGACUUCUUGGGCUGGUCCAACUUCUGUUGCCGACAAAGAGAACCAGCCCUUCCACGAAGAGGACGAGCUUGCCAGCGAGGCGGAAGAUGCUAGUCAACAGCGCAAGACCAGUUACGCGGCAAGUAACACACCUACCGACCGUAAGACGAGCUACGCAGAAUCCAACCUUGGAACCGAAACCGAACGCAGCUAUGCCCCAAGCAACGCUGGCACUGAUCGGCGAACAAACUACGCCGCAAGCAAUGCAGGCACGGAGCGCAAGACAAGCUACUCUGGCAGUAUCGUCGACAGUGCGGUUACAGAUGCCACUGAUCAGCGCCGUGUUAGUGGAGUGAGCUCCACAAAUUCAUACAGUGUGGCGGAGAGCUCAAUCACAGAGUGUGACCACGAGGACCACCAUGAUGAUAUUUCUAUCGACGGCUCCGAGUCAGAAGAUGACGCACAGACAGCACGUGAAGAUGGAGAGCAUUCUGGCGAUGAGCACCAGAAUGAGGAUCAUGAAAUGUCCCGCCAAAUCAGGGAGGCCAAUGAGGCCGCCGAAGCCGAAGUUCUCAAGCUCUUGGCUCCCUCUAACAACAGCGGACUUGGCGCUGAUGUUGCAGUUUGA